UCCAUUCGAUCUAUAAAAUCACAAUAAACAUCUAAAGUCUCCAAAACUCUCAUUUCUCCAAUUGCUUCCCAAUGGCGUUGAGGGCUACGGUGGGGCGGUUUCCGAUGGACGCCGACGCCCUGGAGUCGUCCGGCCUUCCGUGGGGCGUGACGGUGACGCCGUUCGCCGCGAAGGAUGAGAACGGGAACCCACCGGUGUACGGAUCGGACGGCCACCUGCUGCCGCGCUGCGAGAACUGCUGGGCCUACUACAACAGCUACUGCGAUCAGGAGCAGUGGGCCUGGACUUGCUCUCUCUGCGGCACUCUCAACGGCCUCACCUCCCAGGCCAUCGCUCGCUACUCUCUCCCACACUCCUGCCCCGAGAACACCUCCUCCUUCAUCGAUCUCGAGUUACCAAUGGAGGGAUAUGAAGAAGAAGCAAUGCAGGCCCGCCCAGUUUAUGUUGCAGCAGUGGAUUUAUCAUCUUCAGAAGAAUUUUUGGAGCUUACAAAAAGUGCUCUAUUGGCAGCUCUGGAAGCUCUUGGGCCUGGCUCACUGUUUGGGCUUGCUACGUUUAGCCACAAAAUAGGGUUGUAUGAUGUGCAAGGACCCAUUCCAGUAGUGAAGAAUGUUUUCAUCCCCCCAGAUUUGGAUGGCACCCUCCCAAUUGAGCUUGAGGAUGUCAUGCCUUUGCUGUCAUUUUUGGCCCCAGUGGACACUUGUAAGGAUCGUAUUGCUUCUGCACUUGAAACCCUAAGACCAACAAACUCAUGGGAAAGGACCACAGCUGCUGGUCAAGGAUUGGAUGGGGUUUUGCUGGGUGGCCGAGGUUUUGGGGUAGCAAUGGAGGCCUUGCUUAAUUACCUCAGUUCAGAGUAUGGAAGUACAUUUGCAUUAGCUAGGGUCUUCGCCUUUUUAUCUGGCCCUCCUGACUAUGGAGCUGGGCAGUUAGAUACAAGACGGUAUGGUGAACAGUAUGCUAGUAAAGGAGAGGAUGCAGACCGUGCUUUACUUCCUGAGCAGACACCCUUUUACAAAGAUUUGGCUGCUUUUGCUGUCCAAGCUGGUGUGUGUGUGGACAUAUUUGCUGUUACAAAUGAGUACACAGAUUUGGCAUCAUUGAAGUUUCUUAGCAUUGAGAGUGGAGGAUCAUUGUUUCUGUAUCCCAAUACUGAUGAUUCAACUCUUCCACAGGACAUGUACCGGAUGCUGAGUCGCCCAUAUGCCUUCAACUGUAUACUGCGGUUGAGGACGUCCUCUGAAUUCAAAACUGGCCAUUCUGUAUGCUCAAGUAUCAUCUUAUUUGAGACUUUGAAGUUUUGCCCUGGAUUUGCUUAUUUUACCUUCACUAUUUUUUUGCAGUAUGGUCACUUCUUCCCAGAUCCUCAGUAUGAAAAUGUUCAGCACAUAAUUUGUUGCGACUCCUAUGCCACAUAUGCUUAUGACUUUGAUUUUGCUAAUAAUGUCGGAUUUUCCAGGUUAUCUACAGAAUCUCCAAUACUACAGAUUGCAUUUCAGUAUACAAUUGUUGUGCCUCCUCAGGAACUUUCCAGUUCUGGGCCCAGUUCUGCGAGUAGAGGCAAGUAUUCCCUCAAGAGGAGAUUAAGGAUUCGAACAAUGCAACUUGGAACUGCUCGAAAUAUUAAUGAACUUUAUGACAGUGUUGAUCUUGAAGCAGUUUUAUCCAUACUUGUUCACAAGGUCAUAUCAGCCUCGCUGGAGCAAGGAGUUCGGGAAGGCAGGAUGUUGCUACAUGAUUGGCUUGUAAUACUGACGGCUCAGUAUAAUGAUGCCUGUAAAGUUGUUCAGUAUAACCAUGGAAAAACAGUAACUGCUCGUAUUGAUGUCGCAUUCUCCCAAUGCCCACAGCUGCAAUCUUUACCUCGCUUAGUUUUUGCUUUGCUUCGCAAUCCCCUUCUUCGGUUCCAUGAGGAAGGAGUCCAUCCUGACCACCGCAUAUACUUGCAAUGUCUCUUCAGUGCACUGGAACCUAGUUCUCUUCAUCGUGCUGUAUACCCACUGCUGGCAUCAUAUUCGACUCCAGACAAGCAAGCAUUUCCUCGCCAUUCUUUGAGCCGUUCUGCAUUGAUGACAAGUGGCGCUCCAAUAUUUUUACUUGAUGCAUUCACAACUCUCAUCGUCUUUUAUUCUUCUACAGCUGAUCCUUCCCUUCCUUUUCCCCCACCGCACGACUGCUUAUUGAGGAGCACAAUAAACAAACUCAAGCAAGAGAGGAGUAUAACUCCGAGGCUCAUAUUCAUUCGAGGAGUACAAGAUGAUGCCACGGCAUUCGACAGUUAUCUCAUCGAGGAACAGGAUGUAGAUGGCAGUGGCUUCACAGCUGUCAUGGGUUUCGUUUCCUUCCUCGAGGAGAUCACUCAAAGUGUAUGGGAGUACAUGAAAUAGAGGACACAAAACUAGAAGCUGGAUAAUCUGUGCAUUAUUUUUAUACCGGGGGUACGUGAAUCGGGUAAAGACGGGCAGAUUCAUUAACGGGAAUUUCUGGUGACCGGCGAAUGAAGCCGAAGCUCUCUCGGUGGAGAAACUGAAUAGGCAACCGUUGUUUAUAGUUAGCUGUACAAACACCCAGUUGAAAAGCUUCCCCUUUUGACUUGAGUUAAUAGUUUUCAACUGCUUGAGAUUGACUAAAAGUAGCCAGCGUUGCUCGUCACUAUUGAGUUUUCAAACAUAUCAUUGUUCUUGAUAAUCUCAAAUAAUUCAUAAUAUAUGA